CUGCAUUCUCAUUUUAAGAUACAUAGGGAUAUUAAAGCAGGAAACAUUCUCCUAACUGAGCCAGGUCAGGUGAAGCUAGCUGAUUUUGGGUCCGCAUCCAUAGCCUCUCCUGCCAAUUCCUUUGUGGGGACACCUUACUGGUAAGUGAAACUGGAGUGAAACUUUCUGUUUAGUCUUUCGUGGGAUGCUUUAUAUGUGAGUGAGACUGUGUAUUCAAACACACAGACAGACACAAACACACACACACACACACUGAUCCAGUUUGUAACUACAAUUCUGACCAUUUAGAUAAAUCUAUCCCCCCCCCCCAAAAAAAAACUAUACCAUACAAUGUGCUACUCAAUUUUGAGUUGAUGGGGAAAUGCAUUUUCAGGGAGAAGCACAGCAGCUGUUUCAAACAAUGAGCACAGGGGGAAUAACACUCACGCAGUUGUCACUGGCUCUUACAGGUGUUGCAAGACUACAGGUGUCUGCAGUACUAUUGAAGCCACUUCCUCCACAAUAGUGAAAUCAGUACCUUUAUGAUCACCCUUAUUAUCUCAUACAUGGGAAAAUCUCCCAGAAAUUUCUCCAGCACAAAUUUCAUUGCUUACAGUGCUGCUGGUUCACAUCUACCAGCUUUGACCUUCCAAUGGAUGGUGCCCUCCACUUGCCCUUUGCUUGUACCCACUCUUCUGCUCUUAGUGGCAGCUAAAUCUACAACCUGGAACUACAGCAUUGCCUUUCUUUGUAGGGUUUCCUCUGUGUGGGAAAGGCUCUGCUGCUCCAGGCUCCAUCUGCCCAUGAGGCAGCUUCUGUGAGUUGAGAGCAAGGCCUUUUGGCUGUAGCACCAGAGUGAUUGGACUCAAUCCUGCCAGAUCAAAAUCAGACACUGGGGACCUGCCAGGUGUUGGAUGAUGUGAGCAACAGUCCAACAACAUCUGGAGGGCCAUGGUGUCCCUAUCUCUGUUUUGGGUGGUAGGCUUUUCUGGCCUAAAUCUUCUGAAAUAGGCUCUCUCUGCUUUUUGAAUGUUCUAAAUUUACAGGAUAUCAAAACUGUUUUGGGUGCUUGGAAGAGGAAAUAAGGGGUUAAAUGUAUAAUAAACAUUAGUAUGUUCAAAAUGCUCCAUAUGCUGCCGUGGCCCAGUAUCUUCAUCUCCAAAGUGUAGAUGCUAAGAGAGGCUAAGAGUGGCUUGCCCCAACUCGGUCCUGGACACACUGACCAGAUGCUUGGAGGCUGUGGCUGGAUGGCUUCGUGGGAGCCGUCUGAAAUUAAAUCAUUCGAAGACAGAGGUCCUCUGGCUGGGUCGGGAUGGCAUAGGGUUGGGGGGCCAACUCCCUUCUCUUGCGGAGGCUCAGUUAGUGCCAGUGCCUUCCAUUAAGAGUUUGGGUGUAAUCCUUGACACCUCCCUUUACAUGGAGGCGCAGGUUGCAGCAACGGUCAAGGCGACAUUUUUCCAUCUUCGCCACAUCAAGCAGUUGGUCCCUUACCUUUCCCGCCCCACCCUGGCCGCAGUGAUCCAUGCGACGGUCACCUCCAGGCUUGACUACUGUAACUCACUCUAUGCGGGGCUGCCCUUGAAGCUGUCCCAGAAACUCCAGCGUGUGCAGAAUGCUGCAGCAAGGCUCCUCACAGGGUCCUUGCCAUGGGAGCAUAUUCACCCAGGGCUCUGCCAGCUGCACUGGCUCCCGGUGGAGUAUCAGGUCAGGUUUAAGGUGCUGGUUUUGACCUUUAAAGCCCUAUGUGGCCUAGGACCCUCAUACUUAUGGGACCGUCUCUCCUGGGAUGUCCCGCAGAGGAUCCUAAGGUCCAUGAAUAAUAAUAGCUUAAGGGUCCCGGGCCCUAAAGAUGCCGGAUUAUCUUCCGCCAGGGCUUUUUCAGUGAUGGCUCCGACCUGGUGGAAUGCUCUGUCCCACGAGACCAGGGCCCUGCAGGACUUGAUCUCCUUCCACAGGGCCUAUAAGACAGAGCUAUUCCGCCUGGCCUUCAAUUUGAAUUAGCCUGAUCCUCCAUUCCCUUUUCCCUUUCCUUUUUCUAUGAAGAAACACUUCUGGGACCCCACAUUUAAACUCUUUACUGGUCUCCUUGCUGGCCCUAGCAGGACCAACUUGGCCAGUUAGCCCUGGCGAUCACUUGAUAUUUACUAAACUGGGUUUCCCCCCCCCCAAAAAAAGAAAGACACUGAAUUUUAUUGACAUGGAUACUACAUUUAUGUUGUAUUUUAUGCUGUUUUUAAGCUGCCUUAAGUUGCUUUUAAUCAAUGUUUAUAUUUGCUGUUAGCCGCCCUGAGCCCGGUUUUCAAAUCGGGAAGGGCGGGGUAUAAAUAAAAUUAUUAUUAUUAUUAUUAUUAUUAUUAUUAUUAUUAUUAUUAUUGCCUAAAGCAAUAACAGCUAAGCCUAACUAUGGUUUAAAGGUGAAAUUCCAGUAUGCUGGUGCACGGGGAGAAAACCAUGUCUGCUUUGCUCCUUCUCCGCUCUGUUGUUGUUGUUUAGUCGUGUCCGACUCUUCGUGACCCAAUUCCUGUGCUCCUAUAAUACCAAUAAUUAAGCCGUGUUUUGGCUUACUGUUAUGCUUGAAUCCAGCCUCAUGGUUUGGAGAGACACAAACAAACCAUGAGCUGUAAGCAAAGUUUCUUAUUGGUUUACAGAUCCUGGUUUGUUUGGAGAGAGACAAACCAUGAGCCCAGGCACAGAUGUAGCACUAAGCCAAACCAUAGCUUACUUCCUGAUAGCAUAGGAACAAGGGAGAAGCGAAACAGCUGCAAUUUUCUCCUCGUGCACCUGCAUGCCACACGGUAAUCUUCUAAGUCGUAGUUAAGCCCAACAGUGGUUUCAGGUGACAUGGAAAUGAGGCAACUCACAGUUACAUGAGCAGCUCCACUUGGCUGGGGACCGUCAGAGUUGGGCUUUCCUUGUCCCUUGGAAUGUGUCCAGGUCAGUGCCAGAUUUACGUAUAAACUAAACAAGCUAUAGCUUAGGGCCCCACUCUCUUGGGGCCCCCAAAAAAAUUUAAAGGAGAAAAAUACUGGAUGUGGAUUUUAAGCUAGAGCUUAAUAAUUAUUUCACUAUUAAUAUACUUCUUAAUUGUAUUUCAGUACAAUUACUUUGAUAAAAUACGUAUUUUGUUAUGUGCAAAAGGCUUUGGAUACCUAUUAGGUCCAUAAAUUACCAUAUAGCAUAUAUUCAAAACAAAAACCAGCGACAAUUUGUUGUUGACAAAGGACAGCUGGACAUAUAAAGGGCCCCAUUCCCUUCAGUAGCUUAGGGCCUCAUCAAACCUAAAUCCGGCCCUGGUCCAGGUGACUUUCUGCUCUCCAUCUCUUGCUUUGUUAAUUGCCUGCAAAACUAGAAUCUAACCAAGGACACCUCUUGCAUGGACAAAUAUUAAGCAACUCCUUGGUGAGCUGCUGUGGACACGCAGAAACAGAUGGGGUCCAAGCACAACAUGAAGCUGUGUUUGGGUUGGGGGCACAUAGACUGCAGGAGCUCUAUGUGUGCAUUCUAUGUGUAUGUGUAUGUAUGUGUGUAUGUGUGUAUGUAUGUAUGUAUGUAUGUAUGUAUGUAUGUAUGUAUGUAUGUAUGUGUUCCCUCUCCAAAGCCAGCAGUGUAGUUGUGUUCCUAGUGUGGAUUUCCCUGCUGUCUUGCCUUGUUACCCCCCCUUUUUUAUCUUAGACCCCGCCUUUCCCCACUGUGCUCCAGAUCCCCUUGUUUCUUUCAUAGCUGCACUCCCAGGCUGAGCAUCUCCAGGAAAACACUGUUGGUGUAUCAAUGAGAAAACUCACCGUCUCUGGUGAGACUGAAAUUGAUGCCUUAGGACCCUUUCAGCCCCUGCUGGCUGACUCCAGGAUGGCCCCUGAAGUAAUCCUAGCUAUGGAUGAAGGACAGUAUGAUGGAAAGGUAGAUGUUUGGUCCCUUGGAAUCACAUGCAUAGAGUUAGCGGAACGGAAACCACCCCUUUUCAAUAUGAAUGCUAUGAGUGCCUUAUAUCACAUAGCCCAGAACGACUCCCCUACCCUACAGUCAAAUGAAUGGACGAACUCUUUUAGGGGAUUUGUUGAUUACUGCUUGCAGAAAAUACCUCAGGAAAGACCAUCGUCGGCAGAACUAUUGCGGCAUGAGUUUGUUCGCUGUGAGCGACCGCCACGGGUUCUAAUAGACUUGAUUCAAAGAACGAAGGACGCAGUGCGAGAACUGGAUAACCUUCAGUACCGGAAAAUGAAGAAAAUCCUUUUCCAAGAGGCCCACAAUGGCCCUCUGAAUGAGUCUCAGGAAGAGGAGGAGGAGAGUGAGCAUGGGACAAACCUGAAUAGGAAGAUGGACAGUCUGGGCAGCAACCACUCUAUCCCCAGCAUGUCUGUGGGCACAGGCAGUCAGAACAGCAGUGUCAACAGCAUACAGGAGGUCAUGGAUGAGAGCAGCUCUGAGCUGGUCAUGAUGCAUGACGACGAGAGCACCAUUAAUUCCACUUCCUCUGUUGUGCACAAGAAGGAUCAUGUAUUCAUAAGGGAUGAGGUGGGCCACGGGGAGCGCAGGCCUGAGCUGCGGCCUACCCACUCAGUCCAGAAUCGGGCCCUCCACUACCGGAACCGAGAACGCUUUGCCACAAUCAAAUCAGCAUCUUUGGUUACAAGGCAGAUCCAUGAGCAUGAGCAGGAGAACGAGUUGCGGGAACAGAUGUCAGGUUAUAAGCGGAUGCGGCGCCAGCACCAGAAGCAGCUGAUCGCCCUGGAGAACAAGCUGAAGGCUGAAAUGGACGAGCACCGCCUCAAGCUGCAGAAAGAGGUGGAAACUCAUGCCAACAACUCGUCCAUUGAGCUGGAGAAACUGGCCAAGAAGCAAGUGGCCGUCAUAGAAAAGGAGGCAAAGUCAGCAGCAGCAGAUGAGAAGAAAUUCCAGCAGCAGAUUAUGACUCAGCAGAAGAGAGAUCUGACCAAUUUCUUAGAAAGUCAGAAGAAGCAAUACAAGAUUUGCAAGGAAAAGAUAAAAGAGGAGAUGAACGAGGAUCACAGCACACCGAAGAAGGAGAAGCAAGAGAGGAUUUCCAAACACAAAGAGAACCUGCAGCACACACAGGCUGAAGAGGAGGCUCAUCUUCUCAGCCAGCAGAGACUCUACUAUGACAAAAACUGCCGUUUCUUCAAGCGAAAAACCAUGAUCAGGAGGCACGAGUUGGAGCAGCAGAACAUUCGGGAGGAACUGAACAAGAAGAGAACGCAGAAAGAGAUGGAGCACGCCAUGCUAAUCCGGCACGACGAGUCGACGCGCGAGCUAGAAUACAGGCAGCUGCACAUGUUGCAGAAGCUACGUAUGGACUUGAUCCGGCUGCAGCACCAGACGGAGCUUGAGAACCAGCUGGAGUACAACAAGCGGCGGGAGCGGGAGCUGCACAGGAAGCAUGUCAUGGAACUGCGGCAGCAGCCCAAAAACCUGAAGGCCAUGGAAAUGCAGAUCAAGAAGCAGUUCCAGGACACUUGCAAAGUGCAAACCAAGCAGUAUAAAGCACUCAAGAACCACCAGCUGGAAGUGACUCCAAAGAGUGAGCACAAAACUAUUCUGAAAGGCCUGAAGGACGAGCAGACAAGGAAGCUUGCCAUCCUGGCUGAGCAGUACGAGCAGAGCAUCAAUGAGAUGAUGGCAUCGCAAGCGCUGCGGCUAGAUGAGGCUCAGGAAGCGGAAUGCCAGGCCCUGCGGUUGCAGCUUCAGCAAGAGAUGGAGCUGCUGAAUGCCUAUCAGAGCAAAAUCAAGAUGCAGACGGAAGCACAGCAUGAGCGGGAACUCCAGAAGCUGGAGCAGAGGGUGUCGUUACGCAGGGCACAUCUUGAGCAAAAGAUUGAAGAGGAGCUGGCGGCCCUGCAGAAGGAACGCAGCGAGAGGAUAAAGUUUCUGUUGGAAAGGCAAGAGCGAGAGAUUGAAACUUUUGACAUGGAGAGCCUACGGAUGGGCUUUGGAAAUUUGGUCACGUUAGAAUUUCCUAAGGAGGACUACAGAUGAGAUUAAAUUUCUUUUGCCAUUAAAAAAACAAAAAUGCAAACAAAAAAUAUCUCAAAUCCCAACAUUCCCCCCCCAUGUUAACGGGUGUGCUCUCUCUCUUUCUGUCUCUCUUACUGACAUCAUGUCGGACUUAGUGCCUGUAUAUUCUUACUCCAUCAGGGGCCCCCCCUUCCCGCCAAGUGUCACGUUCCAGAGCAGGACCAUUGCUCCGCAGUCUCUCUUGAAUCUCAUAGUGUCUCACACAGUAUUGAUGUCUCUGUGCAAUGAUUUUUUUUAUUAUUAUUAUUAAAAAAAAUGUUUCAAUGAAAACUUUUGGAGACAAUUCUAACGAAUCAAAACAAAAAGUGGAUGUAUGUUUGCUUUUCAGCAAUCACUCAUAUUUUUUUGCCACCUUACCAAUGAAAAUUCAAGCAAAAAACAAAAACAAAAAACCAAGGAAGGAAAAAUUAAAAGGAGUCAAAUUCCCAGGGGGAGAGAGAUGGGUAUCGCAGCCUUACCUUAAUCAGCUGCUGCAUAACGUUUUUGAGUUUUUAAUUUUAUUAUUAAUUAUUUCUUUUUUUGGUAUUUAUUCAUCAGGAAUAACUAAAUGAAAAAAAAUAAUAAUAAAAAAAUUUUAUUAAGAGAUUGAGAAAUUUGAUACAUUUUACAGAAAAUAUGAAUUCUGAAAUUGUGCUGUACAUAUCAGUGGUGGACAUAUUACUACUUUGGGGGC